ACACAUUGCACAACGACAACUAAAACACUUGACACAUAAUAAAACUCAAAACUAAGAAUUAUACUUGAAACACCUAAAACACAAAAAAAUCCUAAUACAAAUAAAAAGAAAAAGAAACUCUCCGACAUAUAAAACACACAAACCACAAUAGCAUUUAAAAAAACACACUUAAAAAAAAAAAACAAGAGACUUUGUACGGAGCGAACUUACUUAUGUGCAAACAAUAUCAAAUCUCACAUUGUUUGCAGAAGACUGGUUAGAAAAUAUGUACUGCAGUGUGGUGUAAUACUCGUAUCUGUCUCGUACGUGUCGUGUACGUGGACAGUACUACUCUACAUGAACCUCACAUAAGUACGUCUUUUAUCUUUAUCUUGCAUUUUCCACUUCUCCACAUCUCUACACACCCCGCCCCCACACACACACACAGAGAGUCGUCGUGAGGGUAGACAGUGGGCACGCAGUACUGGUUGGGCUGUAGUCAAGGCAACACAUCUGGUCAGGAGGGAACCUUAACACCUUACUAAAUACCCCUAAAAAUGGGAGAGAACAAGGAUGAUGGUAAAAAGAAACAGGGAGGAGGAAAAGAGAACCUGCUAGACGUCCGCCGCAUGAUAGAGUCGGUGCUGGGCGUAGUGAAGUCACACGCCACCAAGGCCAGUGUCGCCCCCUGUGACGGCCUCGUGCUGCGCAUGCACUACCGCUGGACCUUCUGGGCCCUGCUGGCAGGCUUCCUGGCCAUCUGGCACUCCUGGUACCACAAACACACCAUUACGUGCGUGUCACACUUCAACGCAGAGACGCCGGUGAAGGAGGAAUACGUGAACGUGUGUCUCUCGUACCCAUAUCUCGCGGAGGAGGGAGGGCGGCGGUACAUUCUCUUCUACCGCUGGGUCCACUGGUCCUUCCUGGUGCUGACGAUCAUUUUCUACCUCCCGCGGAAGGUCUCCAAGAGCUUUGAGAACAUGAAGUGUAAGAAGGUGCUGGAGGACUUGUACAAAGGCGCGGAGACCUAUGACGAGAAAGAGGCCGAGAUCGUGGAGAAGGCGCAUCGUUACAUGUGCUAUAAUAUCCGGACUCACAACGGCCUCUACUGGAAAUACCUCGUAGUGAAUGUGAUGGCGCUAUUCAUUGACAUCAUGGCCAUGGUCUUCCUUGACUUCGUGCUGCAGGGAAGAUUCAUUUGGUACGGAUAUAUGUCGCACCCAUUCGCCCGUGACCCUCAAAAGUUUACCGACUACAUGUCCCAAACGUUCCCGCCGUUCGUGUGGUGCGAGCUCAGCCCUGACAACCAGCUGGUGAGCCGCCGCACGGAAAAGUUUGGCUGCCAUCUCACCGUCAUGGAGCUUUACGAGAAGGUUUUCUUGGGACUGUGGCUGUGGCUGAUUCUCCUCAUACUCAUUACCUCCUGCUACAUCAUCUUCCUGUUAUCCUUGUUGCUGCCAUGCGUGCGUCUCCUGCUGCUGCGUUUCUCCAAGCCCAGACACAUCUCCACUAAGGUCACCCAGCUGUCCAGGAAUGUGUUGAAGGUCAGUAAGAUCGGCGACGUAUUCAUGCUGUACCGCCUCAGACAGCAGAUGAGCCACGCCAUGUUCUACGAGGUGGUGAUAAAACUGACGACGCCCGGCGUGCACGCGGACGCAGGAGGGAAAGGACAAGGCCAGGACGCGAACAUCCCCUCUCCCGACACCAAAAAAACGAACACUUUUGACAAGAAACAAAACACAAAGUCACAAAAAGGAGAUUUCAAGGAGAGCAACUCUGAAAAGAAGAUACUCAUUGAGGACUAUUAGGCAUUAAAAUGGCACUGUACUCUUUACAUUUGUUGGUGCUUUAUUGAUGGCGAUAGACAAUUACAAUUAGGAGUGUCUGGUGAGGGAACGUCCCCGUCCGUCCUCCCUAAACCUAUCUGUUAUGAAGUCAGAUAUCUUGUUCAUAUGGUUUGUUGUGAAAAUAUCUCACCAGAAGAACCAGGAGGUUUAAGGGGUGUUCUUUUCUGUGAUAAAUGCCUGCAUCUUCCUUCACCUCGCUAUACACACACACACACACACACACACACACACACACACACACACACACACACAC